GGGGUCGUCUUAGUCGGCAGUCGGUCUCUGGUCGGCCCCAAGAAUAGUCGUAUCGAGGCGGUAGUCGAGUAUCACCUCUCUUCUCCUCCUCCUACUUGUGACGGCACGAGCGCGCAAAGGGAACAUAGAGGCACACGCGCAGCUUAUCGACUGGGUCGCGCGCGCGCGCGCGCUCCUUCUCUCUCUCUCUCUCUCUCACUCUCACUCUCUCUCUCACUCCCUCUCGCUCACACACACGCACGCACACACUCUCUCUCCCUCGCACCCCCGCGUUCGCGGUUUCUCGCUCGCUCCUGUUUCUCCUCGAUCCUCCAGGUCCCACCUUCCGUCACCGGCGUCCUUUCGGCCACGGUUUCUCCGUUUCUCCGUCCUUCGUCCUCCGUUCUCCGAUCCCUGUUCCCUGUUCCCUGUUCCCUCUGUGGUUCGCUCCCUUCCCCGCCGCACGUACACCAUCGACGAGCCGUCUGUCCCGCGGCGCGAGUACCGCGAGUACCGCGAAUACCGCGCGCACAGUCUCGCACACCCUCUCCGCCUCGUGUCUCGGUGGUUCGCGCCACCGCGCAUCCGCCCAGCGUCGAUACACCACGAUACCUCGGCCACACCGACGAGAGGAUACGCGGUUGAUCUACCGCGUGCGCGCGAUCGCGAUCUCGAUCCCGAUCCCGAUCCCGAUCCCGAUCCCGGUCCCGGUCCCGAUCCCUUCGCAGACCGCGAGUUCGUAUCUCGGGCCUCCAUUUUGAAACUGUGCGAUCGAGUUCGCCGUACCGGUGCGGUUGUUUAAAAAGAAAAAAAAGAAAAAGAAAAAAGUGUUGUUGUUCAGUGGUGAACCGUAGCAGCUGCGUUCCCCAGUUUCUUUAGCGGAAUAUCGUUCGGGAGAGUGAAGUGCCGUCGCGAGGAAUCGAGAGAGUCGGCCGGUCGCGGACGGCCCGGCGGACGGACCGCGAUCGAAACGAUAUACCGGUGCGUUUGUAACUCGCGAGUCGAGUGUAUCGCGAGUCGCGAAUCGCGUGGCCCGCGGGUGAAUCGCCGACCAGACACAGCCCACAGAUUCGCGAUCUCGUUUCUCGACGGUCGGGGACCAGCCGUGUCGAGGAAACGACGAAGAUGCCGCACGGUGCGACGAACCCGAUCCGAGGACCUAGCACAGUGCGCGAGUGAGUGAGGAUCGUGUGCCGCAUCGGAGAUCCGUGGUGCGCGAGAUACGCGGGGAUUCGGAGAGAGAAGUGCUUUGGAACUGGGAAGCCAGUUCACGGAACCGUGCGGGAAGAUACGAGGAAAGUGGAAGGACCUGUCUCGAGAAGUUCUCGGAAGGGCGGUUCGCGCGGGUGCGCCAGGCUCUGGCAAGCAUUCGAAGAGAAGAGGAAGAAGCGGAAGAGGAGGAAGAAGAGGCAGAAAGGGAAGCGGAAUCGCGCGACCGAGAAGUAUCUAUCCGGCGAAGGGUUUGAGGAGCCGGUGGUCGCUCUCGCGAACAGGAAGCCGGCAGGGUGGUUCGAGGCGGGACAGGAGGCGCUGACGCCCUGGCGACUGCCGGGGUGGUUUACCCGGCCGCGACAGCGACGUUGUUCCCUGGCCGGGUGUCGACGGGACACCACCACCCCGAGUUCACCACCACGUUGGAGGUGGGGUUCCCGGCGCGCGGCACCACCGCCUCCAUGGCGUUGGUAGCCGCGCCGCCCUCGUGGCCCUCUCGGGACCCCGGGGCCAGCCUGGCCGCGACCGGAGCCGCCGCUGCGGCAGCCGCGGCUGCAGCCGGCGCCGCGGCCGCGGCCGCCUCCGCCGCCGGCGCCGGCCCGGGCCCGGGUCCGGGCCCCAUCCAGAUCGCCCCGCCGCCGCCGAUGCCUCCGACCCACCUGACACCCUCCGCGACGCCGGAGGACAUCACCUGCCUGGUGCCCGCCGGAGCGGUUCUCACGCCCAGGGACCCGCUGCCGCCCAGCACCACUCCCGGAAGCCAGGCGAACAGCUCCCAGUCGGGCAGCUCGCAAACCGACAAGUCCCCCAACAUCGAAUGCGUCGUCUGCGGGGACAAGAGCAGCGGCAAGCACUACGGCCAGUUCACCUGCGAGGGAUGCAAAAGCUUCUUCAAGAGGAGCGUCAGGAGAAACCUAACGUACUCGUGUCGGGGGAGUAGGAACUGUCCCAUCGACCAGCACCAUAGGAAUCAGUGCCAGUUUUGUCGGUUGAAAAAGUGCCUGAAGAUGGGCAUGCGACGGGAAGCCGUGCAAAGGGGCCGAGUGCCCCCGUCGCAGCCGUCGCUGCCAGGUCUGCCGGGCCAGUUCGCGCUGACGAACGGCGACGCGGUCGCGUGCGCCAGCCUGAACGGUCACUCUUACCUUUCCUCGUACAUCAGCUUGCUGCUGAGGGCGGAGCCGUACCCGACCUCGAGAUACGGCCAGUGCAUGCAGCCGAACAACAUCAUGGGAAUCGACAACAUCUGCGAGCUCGCGGCGAGACUGCUGUUCUCGGCGGUCGAGUGGGCCCGCAACAUCCCGUUCUUCCCGGACCUGCAGGUGACGGACCAGGUCGCGUUGCUCAGGCUAGUCUGGAGCGAGCUGUUCGUCCUGAACGCGAGCCAGUGCUCGAUGCCGCUCCACGUGGCGCCGCUGCUGGCCGCGGCCGGCCUCCACGCGUCGCCGAUGGCGGCGGACCGUGUCGUCGCCUUCAUGGACCACAUCAGGAUCUUCCAGGAGCAGGUCGAGAAGCUGAAAGCGCUCCACGUCGACUCGGCGGAGUACAGUUGCCUGAAGGCGAUCGUCCUAUUCACCACAGACGCCUGCGGACUGUCGGACGUCGCCCACAUCGAGUCCCUUCAAGAGAAGUCCCAGUGCGCCCUGGAGGAGUACUGCAGGACACAGUAUCCGAACCAGCCGACGAGGUUCGGCAAGUUGUUGCUCCGGUUGCCGUCGCUGAGGACGGUGUCGUCGCAAGUGAUCGAACAGCUGUUCUUCGUCCGAUUGGUCGGGAAGACGCCGAUCGAGACGCUGAUCAGGGACAUGCUGCUGAGCGGCAGCAGUUUCAACUGGCCGUACAUGUCCACGAUGUGACAUUCUGUCUGGCGACAGCUAGCUUCCGCGUAAUACUGUCGCUUUCCGUCUCGUUCCGCGGUCCGACCGUGCUACGACCGCCAAGCGGAUCGGACUCGACGCGCCCCCGCGGAUCCGGCAAAAGAAUUCUUCGCGUUCGCCGGCAUCCGAGCCGCGAUUUUCCUCUCCGCAAGGAAAUCCGUCGUUCCGGCGCGUCGCUUUUUCGUUGUUUCCACGUUGUUCCGUCGUUGCCCCUUCGUUUCGUGCCGUUAGAAAUUUUACUCGGACGAACCGCGCGCGCCCCUGUCCUUUCCUUCUUCUCCCCGUUCUCGCGGCCAGUCGCGCGGCCCGUCCGCGAAACCGUUCUUCGUGGAACAAUCCGUCGCCCUCGUCGGUGAUCGAUGCGCGGCCGCGCCGUUGGGAGCCGGGAAGACGCCGAUCGGCUGCGAUUGGCUCCGCCACGGCGGGACAACCUCCGUGGACGGACAUUCGAGUACAAUUCGCGAAAUUCGAGUAGAAUGUCCGCGGGACGAGAGCGGGUGGCUCCCAAUGGCGCUUGAACGGGCGCCUAGACGAGGCAGGAAAACAUCCAGUGGAAUUGGCCGCGUCUUUCCCCUCCGCCCCUUUCUUUUUCUGUUUCUUUCGUCAAAUAAUCGUUCUCCCGCGGUCGCGAGGAUCGCGGAUUUAUUCUUUGUUCUUUUGAAAACCGUGGAACGCGGCCUUCGCGAGCGACGCGCGCCCGACGGUGCGGCGAACCCCUUCGAUCCCGAUCGGAGCUCGAGAAUCCGCGGCCGUCGGCGACCAUGCGGCCGCGAACGCGUCCGCGACGGCCCGUUCCAACGUCGGAAUCGCGCAGCGAACGGUAGCCGCAGCGCUCGGAGACUGCGGGACGACGCACGGGCAAACAUUUAAACAUAUAUUUUUCUUUCGGGAGCGUAGGUUUAUACUUGUAGGAAGCGACUGGUCGCUCGUCGCUCGGUCUCCGAGGAGUCUGAUCCCCCCCCCUCUCCCCCGCGAAACAGCGAAACAGCGUAAAACAGUGAUACAGCGAUACAAGCGAAACAUCGAAUCGCGAAUCGCGACUCCCGGGUCGUGGGUAAACGAUCGAAGAACCGAGGAACCGAGAGGAAACUCGGCGAACGCAAUGUGAUAUAGAAAUAUACAUAUACGCAUACAUAUAUGUGUGUGUAUAUACAUAUACAUUUAUAUAUAUAUAUAU